AUAUAUAUUUUUCAUGUUACAAUGAUAGUGGAUAAAACAUUAAUUUUUUGCAGCUAAUUAUUGUAACGAAACAUAAUACACUUGCAUACAAUUUGUAGUAUAUCUCAUUAUACAGAAUAUCUAAGAUAAAAGUAAUAUCAUGUUUCUUAAACUAUUGUUAAGUAGCAGUUUAACAAUCAUCGUCGCGGCGGCUUUUUUAACCGACGAUCAGAUAAUAAAAAUAUCUCAAGAAGAAUUAAACAGGAUCUCGAUUUAUAUAUUACCGCAACAUUAUGAUAUCAUCGUUACAUAUAUCGAAAAAAAUAUUCUUGUCAGCAACUGCAGUAUACGUACACAGAUUAAAUAUUCAACAUCAAGCAUUAUAUUGUAUUUACACGUAAAAAAUAUUAAUCUAAUUGUGGUUUAUUAUCCAAAUUAUUAUUCUAUGAAUGAUACUAAAACUACGAACAUUUAUACAUCGGUAAGAUCUAUGUAUGAUGUUGAGAAAAACAUUGUCGAAUAUACAUUCGCUGAAGAUCUAUUGCCAGGAUAUUGCAUCAUAAAAUUAGUUUAUAAUAUAACUGAAGGUACAGGCUUAAAAAACUUUUAUAAAAGAGAUGAGCGACAGUGGUUGGCAACGUAUGUUGAUAUUGGGAUCCAACACAUGCUUCCGUCUUUGCCCGUAUCUUUAGGAGCCACCAUGCCCAUCUAUGAUAUUAUUGUUGAACAUUAUCAAAACUAUACAGUUUUAUCAAACAAACCGAUACAAGAAAGAAUAGAAACGAAUGAUAAAAACAUGACGAAGACACAUUUGCAUUCGCUUGUAAAACCUAUUUAUCUACUAUUUCUGGCUAACCGAAAUAAUUUCUCUCUUAUGCGUGGUACAAAUGAAAGUAUCAGAGUUAAUAUGUGGUGUAGAAUGCACUGCGAAUUUGCACACCAAUUUGCUGAAAAUAUAACAUCGUACUUGUUCGAUAAAUGGAAACGUUUGAAUCAAACUUGGGAAAUAAAUCAUAUUGCACUUCCGGAUUUUCAAAACGAAAGCAUCAUAAAUCUGGGCCUUAUUCUUUAUAGAGAAGCAGAUAUUAUCUACAAUGACAAUGUAGAUUCUGUUGCCACUAAAAUCAAAGUUGCUCGAUUCGUGGCCCAUAAAAUAAUACAGGAAUGUUCUUAUUAUGAAAAUCCACUUUGGCUAUCAUCCUCUUUGUUAAAUGAGGCUAUUGUCUCAUUUCUUGGAUUAUAUGUCACCACUCAGGCUCUCCCAAGUACCCGGAUGAUGGACAUUUUUUUGGUACAAAUUCAACACGAAUCCCUUCAUUUCGAUACUGAAUAUGAUGCAUCACUUUAUAAUACAUCACUCAACAUUUCUUUUAAACAUUACGAUCACAUUAAAGACAAGCAACUUAACACAAUCAGCAGAACAUUUCACAUAGUGGAAACGUUUUUAAAAAAAAGUAAUAAGUUACCGUUACCUGAAGUUACCAGCGAUAGGGAUUUACCGUUCCCGUUAGGGGAAGGUGUCACCGCUAGAAAGUUACCGCCACCGUCACCUCCUCCUACCGACCCAAUGUGUCCGUUUUGUUAUGGGAGGAGAGCCUAA